CUUAAACACAGUCUGAGUGUGUGUACAUGAAUGAAUGUGGAAUUUAUUCUCCCGGUCCCUCCUCCCUCGCUCACAUCAAGCGCUCGAGCUCCCGGAUAAAGCCUGAAAGCAGGAGCGCGCCGCGUGAAAACAUUUCUCACCAAGUUCCCAGCUCCUCCUCCUCCUCCUCUUCCUCCUCCUGCCCCACCACCUUCAUCCCGCGAUGAGCAGUUGCUGCGGCUUCCUGCUGCUUAAUUACUAAUUUCUCGACUCCUGCGUCCUCGAGCCCGGAGAUGAGUCCACCACGAUCCAGGCGCGCAUGACCCGUUUGCAAUUUUCCAGGGAUCUAUUCGUACUGUUUUUGGGGGGGCAUGGGAGAUCAGCGCGAGCACACAAUGGUGCAGAAGUCGACGUCGUUCAGCAUCAAGAGCCUCCUGCUGCCGUCCAAGCUGAAGGAGGAGGAGGUGGGCGCCGCGCUCCCGGAGAGACCCGCAGGGAUGGAGGGGGAGCCUCCGGAGCGCGAGCGACCCCAGGACGAAGAGGAGGAAGAGCACGACCACGAGCACGCAGGAGCGGACUCUGAGCAGCAGGAGCAUCAUCAUAAUCAUCAUAAUCAACAACAACAGCAGCAACAUCAGCAGAGUAAAGGGGGCAAGCACGACAAGCCCCCGUUCAGCUACAACGCGCUUAUCAUGAUGGCCAUCCGGCAGAGCCCUGAGAAGCGGCUGACUCUCAACGGCAUCUACGAGUUCAUCAUGAAGAACUUCCCCUACUACCGGGAGCACAAGCAGGGCUGGCAGAACUCCAUCCGCCACAACCUGAGCUUGAACAAGUGCUUCGUAAAGGUUCCGCGCCACUACGAUGACCCGGGCAAAGGCAAUUACUGGAUGCUGGACCCGUCCAGCGACGACGUCUUCAUUGGCGGCACAACCGGCAAACUGCGACGGCGCUCGGCCACGUCGCGCGGUAAGCUGGUGAUGAAAAGGGGGCUCCGCUUCGCGCCCCUGGGACUCGGACUGGGCGAGCGCUCGAGCAAUCCCCUCUAUUGGCAGCUGUCGCCCUUCCUGCCGCUCCACCCGCACCACCAUCACCACCCGCACUACAACGGCUCGGCGCACGGCUUCCUUAACCAGGGACACUCCGCAGCAUACGGCUCGCUGCUGCCCAGCGCCGAGGGAAUCUCCAACGGGGACGCGCGUCCCAUGCUGGGCGGCUACAGCGUCAGCUCGUCCCCGGCUGCUGGACUACUCGCGGGGCACGAUGGCUAUUUCGUGGCCGGGGCGCAGCAGCACCAGAGCCUCCAGAGCGCCCCGGGAUACGGCAUCUCCAGUAGCUCUCCGGAGUCUCUAAGAACUAGCUUACCGUCCUUUUCAUCCACGCUUUCCAGUGGCUUUUCCGGAGUGCUUGCGCACCACAAGCGGGUGGCGCCCAGCUCCUUCCUUAGCUGAACGAUUGAGGAACCUUUAGGAACUAAGAGGAGGAACCUGAAUAAACUGUCCCAGGACCUUUCACGUGCCCCCCAAAACACGCAGAUUCUCCGCCUGAAGCGCUCCGCAAGGAUCUACUACUGUUGGUCCAUCCGUUUCAAAUUUAUUUUCUUUUUUUUAUACCUAUUUAAAUAUAGAAAUAAUUUUGUAAUGGUAGUAUGAUGUCACGCCAAAGGCAAUACGUAUAUAUGUGUUUUGUAUGAUUAUUAUCAUUGUUAUUAUUUAAAAAAGGUUAAACAUUUCGUUGUGAAUGACAAUCCACAUUUUUGUAUUUAUUGAACAUGUUUUGAACGUGUUUCUCUCUCUAUUAGUAACUUAGCUCUUAUUCUCCUCCUCUGUGAUAAUUGAACGUCCCGUACUGUGAAUACGCCUUAACACGUUCAUUCAGGGUUACCAAAAGGAGAAGUUCUUAAAAAAAAAACAUACUCAGGUCUCUAUGCGUCCUGACAAUGAAUUUAGCAGUGUGCGGACAAGUUAUCACGUGAUAUGCAAUGUUUACCCACUGAUUUACCUCUUAUUUGGCGUUUGUUUGCUAUUUAUUUAUUUUCAUUGUUGGAGUCAUCAGUGUGGGCCUUUGUGCUAUAGCUUUGGGAGGGUGCAUGUGCUGAUAUGACUGUUAAACUUGGUGACGGUAGGGUGUCAGUAUUACUCAGCAGUGUUUUCACAGCUCAGCCACCAAGAAGAGGCCACACCAGUGGCCUGAUUUUAGCACAGUAGCAAUAUCCUGGAUGACCACUUAUUUUUUCUUUUUCUUUGAAUAACACCUUCAUUGACCUUUCCUGUCA